CGGUGCCGCUGGCCAUGGGGGCCGGGUUCGGCGCGGGGCUGGGGCUGGCCCUGGCCUCCAGCGCCUUCAUCGGCGGCAGCUUCGUCCUGAAGAAGAAGGGGCUGCUCCGGCUGUGCGGCCGCGCCCGGGCAGGGCAAGGAGGGCACGCGUACCUGCGGGAGUGGCUGUGGUGGGCAGGGCUGCUGUGCAUGGGAGUUGGAGAAGCUGCAAAUUUCGCUGCGUAUGCCUUUGCCCCUGCAACACUGGUAACUCCACUGGGUGCUCUGAGUGUCCUUGUUAGUGCAGUUCUGUCUUCCAUCUUCCUGAAUGAGCAGCUGAACGUCCAUGGGAAGAUUGGCUGCAUCCUGAGUAUCCUGGGCUCCACUGUCAUGGUGAUCCAUGCUCCACAGGAAGAAGAGGUUUCCAGCCUGGAGUCAAUGGCAGAGAAGCUGAAAGAUCCAGGAUUCAUUGUAUUUGCUGUGUGUGUCGUGGUGAGCUCCAUUCUGCUCAUCUUUGUGGCUGGACCCCGUUAUGGACAGAGCAACGUCCUGGUUUAUGUUUUGGUCUGCUCUGCCAUCGGCUCGCUGUCUGUGUCCUGUGUCAAAGGCCUGGGGAUUGCUCUCAAGGAAUUGUUCUCUGGGAAGCCAGUCCUGAAGGAACCCCUGGGCUGGGUGCUCCUGGUGUGCCUGGUGAUCUGCAUCAGCAUCCAGAUCAACUAUCUGAACAAAGCCCUGGACAUUUUCAGCACCUCUGUGGUCACACCCAUUUACUACGUGCUGUUCACCACGGCAGUCAUGACGUGCUCUGCCAUCCUCUUCAAGGAGUGGCAGCACCUGGUGCUGGACAACAUCAUCGGCUCCAUCAGCGGCUUCCUCACCAUCGUGUCGGGCAUCUUCCUCCUGCACGCCUUCAGGGACCUGCCCUUCACCCCCAGCCUCCUGCCCCUCUUCCUGCAGCCAGCCAGGGCAGACCCACACCCUCCCUGGAGCACUGCAGACAGACAUCAGUGCUGUCAGCACCAGCCCCUGCUGCCCUCGGAGGACAAGGGCCCUCAGAGUGCAGAGGAGGAGGAGGAGGAGAAGUGAAAGCAGGUGAGGAAGCAUGUGAACUGCUGUUUUCCUGCUCUCCCUGCCAAAGGCUGAACGUGCUGCUGCAGGAGCUGUGAGUGACCCUCUGCCAGUCCAGGCACCACCAGCUUGACAGGGCCAGCAGCCUCCUGUGGUACAGACAGGAGCCCUGGGAAGUGCCCCCAUUCCUGGCAUCCUGUGCUUCUUCACUCUUCUUUUAUGUGAAGAAUUAAUUUUCCCUCAUCAGGACUCGGAGCUCAGCUGUGCAGAGAGAGGCCUGCAGCACUAACACAGUGCUAACCCUGACUCUGUGGCAGGUCACACAUCUGGGGAGGCUCACACAGUUUUUACACCCAGAAUUAACAGUUACAGAAUGAUCUAACAUGGUGCUAAGGUUGAACAGAGAGAAGAUGGAUGUCUGGCUUUAAAGGUGACAUUCAGAGAGUAUUAAUGCAAAAAUUCCUCUGUCAAGUACUUGGUUUUGCUCACUCUGCUAGAAUUUAUUUACAGAUUCACAUCCAAAAACAGAAUACAGCCCAAACUGGGAAACUUCAGUGGUGCUGCCACAUGCUGCUGUGGCUCUUACAGAGGGACCAACCUCUUCGUGCAACAUCUGCUGUGCAGGUUGAUGAAGCUUCCUGUGUUCUAUUAAAAACUGAUCUGUUCAGUUUCCAAGUGCUGAGUGAAACAUUUACACCAAGAGCUGGGUGAACACUGGAAGGCAUGGAGGAUCACAGGGGUAGGAAGAACUCUGUGAGUGCUCCAGAGAAACUCAGGUUAGGACAGGAGAGGGAAUCACCUACUCUGGGAACCUAGUCCCUAGCUACUGAGGUAAGUUUCUGACAGAUAACUAGACAGCUGUGUCCUCACUGACAUGGCUUUACAUCUGCAUAGCUGCUGAACACAUCCUGAGUUUGUUCCCAGGAGGGCUGCUGGCUACAAGCCACCCACGCUGGGAGCUCACACGCUCUGUCCAGCAGCCCUGCAGUGGGUUGUGUGCAGAACUGCUUUACCAGGCUCCUGUGUAGAGCUCCAGACCACUGUCAGGGUCACUCCAGGCUUCCCAGAGCCCUGCAGCGUAUGAGCACUGCUGAAAUGCUGCUGCCUUCCCAGAGGGCUGAACAGUAAUUGGUUGUUUUUCCAGUUUGAAGCUCCUCUUUGUGUCCUGGGGGCAGAGGUCCAGAAAACACACCCACAGGCUUCCUGCCAGUGACCUCCAAAGGUGAAGGUGCACGAGGCUAUAAAGCAGCUGGUUAGUUAUUCCUGCAUUUAGUCUUUCUAAAGAAACUACUCUCCAGGACAGCAGGAGCUAUUAACCUUUUGGGGAAGAAGAGGAAAGGCCACAGCCUCUCCCAGAAACAAAUCUGAUUCAUGAGACCAAAUUAAUUGAGCAACAUAUCAGAAUUCAGAAAAGGCCUUCUAGCCAAAAGACAGUUAUGUCUCCUUCCUACUAAU